CUUCCGCUUAUUGUGCCCAGUCCGGCUCCGGAGUCCCCAAGAACAAGAAGAGGAACAAGGAGGAGGAGAACACAUCGAUCCAUACGAACGCCGCGACCGAGACGAUCGAGAGAUAAAAUGGCGUCGGCCUGCUUCCUCGCCCGCUGCGUCUCCGUCCCCGCGCGCCUCCUGGCCAACCCCACGCCCCUCGCCAUCACCACCUGCAGGCUGCGGCGGCACGGCGCCGCGGGAGCGAGGCCGGUGCGCGCCGCCGGGAGGAUGCUCGGCUCCGUCAGAUACGGCACGGGGGCGGCGUUGGGCCCCAAGGAAGCGGGUGCGGAGGUGGCCGCCGUGCCGCCGUCGGUGCCGGUGCGCGUCGCCUACGAGCUGCAGCUGGCCGGCCACCGCUACCUCGACGUCAGAACGGAGGGCGAGUUCGGCGGCGGGCAUCCAGCAGGAGCGGUGAACGUCCCCUACAUGCACAGCACCGGCUCAGGGAUGGCGAAAAACUCGUGCUUUCUUAAGCAAGUAUCCGCGAUAUUCAGGAGGGAGGACGAGAUCAUCAUCGGAUGCCAAAGUGGCAGGAGGUCUCUCAUGGCCGCAGCCGAACUCUGCUCCGCUGGUUUCACUGGCGUGACCGACAUCGCCGGAGGGUUUUCUGCUUGGAAGGAGAACGAGCUGCCGAUCAACCAGUGAUGUCGUCGACUUCUCUGAAUGUUUCAGGAACAUUAUAAUCUGUCUUUAGGCUGCUCUGCUCCAAGGUUGUAACCGCUAUGGUCGUCUUGAUCUCGGAUUCAAGACACCAUGAAUAGUGCACUGAAUAAAUUAAUGUAGCUUGCCAUUUAUGUAUACGAUAUGUGCAAAAUGUUCGAACAACAAGACAUUAUGAGCCUGUUCAAUAUUCCUUUCGACGCCUUCUAUAAA